AUUCCCCUGGCGUUAUGAGGAUUCUGAGAGGCCUUCGCUUUUAAUGAAAAAUAAACGAAACAGGAGAUUUAUUAAGGAUAAAUAAAUAGGACCCUCUCUCUCUCUCUCCCCCGCCCUCCCUCUUCUGGGAAAUGAAACUCGCUUUGUUAUCCUUUAAUAACAACCUUGUGUGUGUGUUUGUUUUUCUACCCAGAGAAAAAACCGCCCGCCUCAUACAUUCCCGUGAUGGAUGCCACUUUGCCAGCCUUAGCGGAAGAACUGUUGAGAGAGAUAGAAAAGGCUUUUUGCGAGACAUCUCACGGCUGAAGUUCAUCUUUGGGGCUUCUGCCGUCCCUGCUCUGGACUUGGUGGACCGCCAGUCAGUCACACGGAUCACAUCUCCUAGCGGAAGGCGGGUCUACCAGGUGGUUGGAAGCUCAGGCAAGCACUACACUUGUUACGCCUCCUGCCACUUCUGCUCUUGCCCGGCCUUCACGUUUUCUGUCCUCCGGAAGGGCGACAGCCUCGUGUGUAAGCACCUUCUCGCCGUCUACCUCAGCCAGGCGCUCGGGUCCUGCCAGGAGCUGACUGUCCCAGACAAGCAGCUGACCAGACUCUUGCUGCAAGAGGAGGAGGAGGAAGAAAGAUGAAGACCUCAGCCUGGGUUUCGAGAGAGAAUCCUCUCCUGCUCCUCUGCGAACAGCCUCCGAGAUUCUGUAAGGGAACAGAGAACCUGUGUGGCUGUCUGGACGCUGCUGGACUCCAACUCCCAUCAGCCCUUGCAGUUAGAAGUGGCUGAUGGUAAGGGAUGCUGGGAGUUGUGGUCCUGCUCAAUGAAGCAGCAGUGAAUACUCCACAGGAGUGAUGCCUCUGGAAGAGGCCUUCCCUCCGGAGAGAAGGGAAUCGGGAAGUCCUUAGACUCCAACUCCCACCAGCCCUUGCUGCCAGCAAUGGCCAGUGAUGUUGGGGGUUUGAAUUUGACAUUGUCCGAAGGGCCACGGGGUCUCAAGAAAGGGGGCGAGGGCUUUAACCCAAACUGGGAUCAAUGAAAGAUGAUAUCCCCCUGCUCUCGCUGUCCGUCUGGCUUCUGGGGGAAGCAGGUAGAUGUCUACCCUGGACCUGUAAUUGCUCCAUGCAGAGACCUGGUUAUUUUAGGGUCACAUUACAAUUUUUGUAUAUGUG